GCAAAAACUCCUUAGAGAAAGAGAGCUGAACCUAACCAGGAAUCCCAAAAAGUAUCAAGGAGAAAGAGAGAAAGCAAGGGAAGGAUGGAAAUAGGGGCAUUUUUAAUAGUUCUGCUGGUGGUUCUUCUGAUUCUGCGCUUCCUGAAACAACUCUGGUCAAACAGGCACUAUCCUCCUGGACCUCUCCAGCUUCCUCUCAUUGGAGGCCUGUGGCGGAUUGGGGUGAAGCUUCAUGAUGAUACUUUAAUUAAGAUGGCAAAGCAGUAUGGAAACAUUUACACCAUUUGGGCAGGAUAUCAACCCUUCAUAAUACUGUCUGGAUUCCAAGCAGUGAAAGAAGUGCUCAUUGACCACUCUGAAGAAUUCGACGAUCGACCACAGACUCCUUUCCUUAUGGAUAUAGCAAAAGGAAAGGGUAUUGCAUUAUCAAAUGGUCACACCUGGAGGCAACAGAGACGGUUUGGAAUAGUUACUAUGCGGAAGCUGGGGCUGGGGAAGAAAGGCAUGGAGCACCAAAUAGCAGAGGAGGCCCAUCAACUCGUGGAGGUUUUUGCACGUUCAAAGGGUCAACCACUAGACCCCUCCAUGCCCAUCGCUAAUUCAGUCUCCAACGUGAUAUGUGCUCUGGCUUUUGGGCAUCGGUUUGAUCUUGAAGAUGAAAGGUUCCAGAAGCUGAUAGAAGCCAUGGAUUUUUCCCUAAAAUUUCUAGGAAGCAUCGUUCAUGCUCUGUAUGAACUUUUCCCGUGGCUCAUGAAACAUCUCCCAGGGCCCCACAAGAAGGCCUUGUCCUACACAGAGAUGGUGCUUUCAUUUGCAAAGGAGGAGAUAAAGAAGCAUAAGGAGAAUCAGUCUCUGCAUGAGCCACAGGAUGUCAUUGAUUUCUAUCUGCUUCAGAUAGAGAAAAGCAAAAACGACCCAGAGUCCACCUAUGAUGAAGAAAACUUGGCUCAGUGUAUUUCUGACCUCUUUGUAGCAGGGACAGAGACAACCACCAGUUCUCUGAAAUGGGCACUUCUCCUCCUGGCAAGUCAUCCAGAUAUCCAAGAUAAAGUCCACAAGGAGAUGGAAGAUGCUUUAGGUUCUUCUCACACAAUCUGCUAUCAAGAUAAGAAGAAACUGCCCUACACCAAUGCUGUGAUUCAUGAAAUACAGCGCUUUAAAUAUGCCUUGCUUUUCGGGGUUCCUAGGCAAUGUACAAAGGAUGUGAAGAUACGUGGUUUUCUCUUUCCCAAGGGGACUGCUAUUAUUCCUGAUCUGCGCUCUGUUCUUCUUGAUCCGACACAAUGGGAGACUCCUGCAGAGUUCAACCCAAAUCAAUUCUUGGCCAAGAAUGGACAAUAUUUGGCUAGAGAGGAAUAUCUGCCAUUUGGUGCAGGGUCUCGUGUAUGUGUGGGAAUGCAGCUGGCAAAGAUCGAAAUCUUCAUCUUCCUGACCAGCCUGCUGAGAACAUUCAGCUUCCAGCUGCCAGAAGGAGUUAAAGAACUCAAUCAAGAGCCUAUACUAGGGGCUGCAACACAUCCUCAUCCUUAUAAACUCUGUCUUUGGUCACACAGACGCUACCCUCCUGGAACUUUCCCACUUCCUGUCAUUGGAGGCCUGUGGCAGAUUGGGAGAACACUUUCACAAGAUACUUUCCUGAAGCUGGCUAAGCAAUAUGGAAACAUUUACACUGUAUGGAUCGGACAUCAACCUAUGGUAGUACUGUCUGGAUUCCAAAUGGUGAAAGAAGGCCUUACAAACCCACCAGAAGUCUUGUCUAAACGACCGGUGACCCCUUUCAUGGAAGCUGCUCUUAAAAAAAAGGGUUUGGUAUUUUCAAAUGGUCACACCUGGAAGCAGCAGAGACGGUUCAGUGUCAUUACUAUGCGGAAGUUGGGUCUGGGGAAGACAGGCAUGGAGCUCCAAAUACAAGAGGAAGCCCAUCGUCUUGUAGAGGUCUUUGCAUGUGCAAAAGGGCAGCCACAUGAUUAUUCACUCCCCAUCACUAAUGCAGUGUCCAGCUUGAUAUGUGUUUUGGCUUUUGGAUACCGAUUUUCUCUUGAAGAUGAAAAAUUCCAACAAUUGAUCAAUGCCAUUGAUUGCCUCUUGAAAAAUGGAAAUACCUUACUUCACCUGCUGUAUGAAGUCUUCCCAUGGCUCAUGAAACAUUUCCCAGGGCCUCAUAGGAAGUUAUUUGCCUCCGCAGACUUGGUACUUUCAUUUGCAAAGGAGGAGUUAGAAAGGCAUAAAGAGCAACGAAAGGAUGAGCCGCAGGAUUUCAUUGAUUUCUAUCUACUUCAGAUGGAGAAAAGCAAGGAUGACCCCAACUCUACCUUUGAUGAAGACAACCUGGCAGAGUGUGUUCUUGACCUCUUUAUCGCAGGGACAGAGACAACUGCUGCUACUCUGCAAUGGGCACUGCUCCUCAUGGUGUCUUAUCCAGAUGUUCAAGAUAAAAUCUACAAGGAAAUGGAAGAUGUUUUUGGUUCCUCCCUUUCCAUUUGCUAUGAAGAUCGAAAGAAACUGCCUUACACCAACGCGGUGAUGCAUGAAAUUUUGCGUGCAAAAUAUCCCUUAUUAAUUGGGAUCCCCAGACUAAAUGCAAAGGAUUUGGAAAUGCAUGGUUUUCAUGUUCCAAAGGGGGCAUUUGUUGUUACAGAUCUGAACUCUGUCCUUGUUGAUCCCACACGAUGGGAAACACCUGAAGAGUUCAACCCACACCACUUUUUGGACAAGGAUGGAAAUUUUAGGUCUAGAGAAGAAUUUCUGCCAUUUGGAGCAGGGGCCCGAGCCUGUGUGGGAGAGCAGAUGGCCAAGAUGGAGAUAUUCAUCUUCCUAACCACCCUGUUGAGGGCUUUCUGCUUCCAGCUGCCAGAAGGAGUGAAAAAACUCAAUAAAAAGGCUGUUUUGGGGCUGACAUUGCACCCCUAUCCUCACAAACUCUGUGCUAUUCCCCGCUGCAGUGCAUCAGGAAGCCUAUCAAAAUAAUUACUGUAGUUUGUUUAUUUAUUGCAAU